UAAUAGCCAUCAGGCAAAAUAACGGCAGUACAUUCCUCCCUUUAUUUCAGUCCUUUUAAACCAGACUUGGAUAGAAUAUUUUCCCCUUUCUCUUUCUUUCUUUUUUUUUUUGAUGUCCAUAACUCAUACAACCACUGUAAGUGCACACGCAGCACAUGCAUUAUCAGAAAUAAAUAGGGAAUCAUCUACAUCAUUUUCAUCUUCCGCCGAUAGAACAACUGCUGUGGAAGAUCAGUAUUCAAUACGGCUCGAAACUUAUCCACCAAGCUAUAAAGAAUCAAUCAAAAAUCACAACGCACUUUUGAUUAAUGGACAGGAAGAAUCGAACAAAAACAUUGAGACAAUGUCAAAACAAAAAAGAAGAUGGCUUGUAUUUAGAAGGACUGCAUAUAUUAUCAUUAUGAAUGCUGCAAUACCGAUCGCCUUAUAUUACUUACUCAAGCCUCAUUUACCCGCUGUUUGGGCUUUAGUGUUAUCAAGUGCACCAACUAUUAUUUCAGUCAUUGUCCAAGCAAUAUUUAUGAAACGAAUCGACUCAUUAGGAAUCGGUGUUAUAUUUGGGUUUAUACUAUCUGUUGUUUUAGCAGUAUUAAACGGUGACCCAAAAAUGCUUUUAAUGCGAGAAUCAUUUGUGACUGCUGGAGUUGGAUUUGCAUGUGCCGUAACACUUUUACCGCUACGUUUUAAGUCAUUUGUAUUAAAGCCAGUAUUAUACUACCUUGCAAGAGACCUGAUACCUUUAGAACCGAUUUAUUUCUUUGACAACACCAAGCCACCACAACCACGCAUGGAGUUUUAUUGGCAAUAUUCUAAAUUUUGCAGAUUUCAUUUUAGACUUUUGACAGCAAUCGAUGUUGUAAUUUUAGAGUUGGAAUUCGGAUUGAAACUAUUUUAUAUAUUGAAUUUUGAUAUAGAUACCGUCGUUAUUCUUAGCAACUCUACCUUAUCAGCUAUAGGAAUUGUUGUAUCACUAUCAACCAUUGGAUAUAUACUUCAAAUUAGGAAGAGGCUAAGAAAAGAUGAACCCCAAAUGUUAAUCGACGCUCAGGCCGAUACCAACGGAGUGUGAAUUUAACAUUUGUUUUGUCGAUCCUUUUAUUUUAAAACUUGCUUAUGUGUGGGUUUCAUCUGUUUAAUUUUCCCUUUCUUUUAACUCUUGCUUUUUUUUUAAAAAUGUAUAAUAUAAAGAAAAGAACUUGGAAACUUCUCAUCGGUCUCCUUUCCAUAUCAAUUUUGAUUUAUUUGUUGCAAUCAUCGCCAUUUUCAAUUAAGGAAACCAUCAAAGCAUAUAAUCCGCACGGGGUUGUACAAGAUAUUACACAAACAGCGGCUGUAGGAGAUGAAAAGAAAGCUUUUGUUACGUUUCUUUGCGACGAUAUUAUGGUAAAUCUAAAUAAAUAACGUGUCUUUCCGUCCUGUUUAUCAUUAUUUUCAUUUAACAAAGGG